AUGCUGCACGUGACAUCAAUUACAGCCACCACCGCCAUCCUGCUCCUGCUCCUGCUCCUCCUCCUCCUGCUCAUCAUCAUCAUUAUCAUCAUCACCAUCAUCAUCAAAACUACAAUAGUAUUAACAACGUUACCCAUGAGCACCACCACCACCAUCAUCACCACCAUCACCUUGGAGGCGGCAUCAGAGCUCAGCAGCCGUUAUGUCCGGAAGUCGCGGAGGCCGUACGGGGUCCCGAGGCCACCUCCGGGGUCGGUGGCUCCCCGCGCUGGGGGCCCCCUGAACCGUCCGCCGGAAGCAGAGGUGGUGUGA